UGCUCCGGGAAUCAGGGGUGUGAGCCCCCUCUCAAACUGCCUGCUUCUCCCGGAAGUGGAGCUUCUACUCCGGAUUGCUGCUCUGCGCCAUAGCUCUGAGCGCGCGCGGGAGGAGGGGCGGCAGGGGAGUUGAACCCCCCCACCCUGGUGGAUGUUGCAGGAAAGGAAAGGAGAAUCGCUAGCGAGGACAGAGAGGGCCUGCCUUCACCUGCAGCAGAAUUCCCCAACCCACCAAGACCCAUCAGCUUUCCUCACCUGGUUUAGCCGGCUGGUUGAAGCCUUUCCUGGGAUUGCUGCCCCGGUUGCAUGCUGACAGCUUCUGGAAGCCACAGGAUUUCCUUUCUGUCUACCCUGGAGAAGGUGAUAGAGAAGACUUUCAUAAUUCCCUGGAAUGGGGCACCGUUUCAUAAUUAGAAUAGAAAUUAAAAUGUGUGAAAUGUGGAAUAUGCUUCACUGAAUGAGCACACAUAGCUCACAUCAACGAACUCAAACGGGGGAGAAACCAUUUAAAGGUACGGAGUGUGGAAAGAGUUUCAGUAAUAGUGGAAGACAUCAUCGGACUCACAUGGGCAGGAAAGGAUUUAAAUGCAGGGAGUGUGGGAAGAACUUCAGUCAGAGUAGACAGCUUAAAUUACACGAACGGACUCACAUGGGUGAGAAACCAUAUGAAUGUAUGGAGUGUGGAAAGAGCUUCAGUCAGAAUGGAAACCUUAAAUUACACCAACGGACUCACACGGGUGAAAAACCAUAUGAUUGUAUGGAAUGUGGAAAGAGCUUCAAUCAGAGUGGAAGCCUUAAAUUACACCAACGGACUCACACGGGUGAAAAGCCAUAUGAAUGCAAGGAGUGUGGGAAGAGCUUCUGUCAGAAUGGAUACCUGAAAUUACACCAACGGACUCACACGGGUGAAAAACCAUAUGAAUGUAUGGAGUGUGGGAAGAACUUCAGUCAGAGGGGACAACUAAAAUUACACCAAAAGACUCACAAAGGGGAGAAACCUUUUAAAUGUAUUGAGUGUGGAAAGAGUUUCCGUCGAAAUGAUACACUCAGAAUACAUCAACGGAUUCACACAGGGGAGAAACUAUUUACAUGCAUGGAGUGUGGGAAGGCCUUCAGUCAGAUUGGAAACCUCAAUAAACAUCAACAGACACAUUCAGGGGAGAAACCAUUUAAAUGUAUGGAGUGUGGAAAGAGCUUCAGUCAAGGUGGAAAUCUAACUUUACAUCAACGAACUCACACAGGGGAGAAACCAUUUAAAUGUGUAGAGUGUGGAAAGAGCUUCAGUUGCAAUACAAGCCUUAGAUCACAUCAACGGACUCACACAGGGGAGAAACCAUUUAAAUGUAUGGACUGUGGGAAGUACUUCAGUUACAGUGCAAGCUUUAGAUCACAUCAACGGACUCACACAGGGGAGAAACCAUAUAAAUGUAUGGACUGUGGAAAGAGCUUCAGUCGGUAUGGAACCCUUAGAAUACAUCAACGGAUGCAUACAGGGGAGAAACCAUUUAAAUGUAUGGAGUGUGGAAAGAGCUUUAGUGAUAGUGGAACCCUAAGAGUACAUCAACGGACGCAUACAGGGGAGAAACCAUUUAAAUGCAUGGUGUGCGGAACAGGCUAUAGUGAUCGUGGAAGCCUUAGAAAACAUCAACAUUUUCACACAGGGGAAAAACCAUUUAAAUGUAUGGAGUGUGGAAAGAACUUCAGUUUCAAUACAAACCUUAGAAAACAUCAACUGACUCACACAGGGGAGAAACCAUUUAAAUGCUUGGAGUGUGGAAAGAGCUUCAGUCAAAAUGGGCACCUAACUUUACACCAUCAAACUCACACAGGUGAGAAACCAUUUAAAUGUACAGAGUGUGGAAAGAGCUUCAUUCAGUUUGGAAACCUUAGAAUACAUCAACGGACUCAUACAGGGGAGAAACCAUUUAAAUGUAUGGAGUGUGGAGAGAGCUUCAGUUGCAAUGCAACCCUUAGAUCACAUCAACGGACUCACACAGGUGAGGGGAAACCAUUUAAAUGCAUGGAGUGCGGAAAGAGCUUCAGUUACACAUCUACCCUUAGAACACAUCAACGGAUUCACACAGGGGAGAAACCAUUUAAAUGUAUGGAGUGUGGAAAGAGCUUCAUUCAUAGUGGAAGCCUUAAAUUACACCAACAGGUUCACACAAGGGAGAAAAAAUUUAAAUGCAUGGAGUGCGGAAAGAGCUUCAGUUACACAUCAACCCUUAGAACACAUCAACGGACUCACAGGCGGGGGAAAACCAUUUAAAGGUGUGUACAGAAAAUGCUUCAGUCAGAGUGGAAAUCUAAAAAAUGUCAGCAGACAUACAGGAGGGAAACAAUUUAAAUGUAUGGUGUGUGGAAGGAGCUUCAGUCAGAAUGGAAUCCUUGAUUUACGUCAACAAACACACAAAAGACGAACUAUAUAAAUAUCAGGAAGGUAGAUAGAUGUUCAGUCCUAGUGGAAGUCCUACAUCAAAAGACUCAUGGACAGGAAGAACUUUCAGAGUUGAAACCCUACAAACCAUCAACAAACUCAAAGAAGAGAAGCAGCUUAAAUGGAAAGAUUGUAGAAAGUGCUUUACUUAUACAGGUAAUGGAGUGUUUAAGGAACAUCUAAGGACUCUCAGAGGGGAGAAUCCAUUUAGAUAUAUGGAGUGUGGGACGUCUUCCUCUCAGAGUCCCCUCUUUUCUUCAUAGCAAUGAACUCUGCAGGAAAUCAGUCUCACAAGCAUGACGUGUAUUUGAAAUUCUUGUGUUCAUAUGUAAAACUGAACAGUAAUGAAAUAUUGAAGGCAAUGUCUCACAAUAGUGAUUAUAAUUUUAGAUGUAAGAUACCUUUUGAUGGAGAGGGGGAAUCUGGAUGGUGAGUGAGGAUUAGGGCUGGGCGAUGAUAUAUUGAUAUCUUGUCCAAUACCGGUUUCUAGACCACAUUGCGAUAACCUUUGAAAAACAAUGAACAUGGCGAUACACCACAGAUCCGUUUGUGUUUCUGGGAUGCACAUUUCCCUGGAAGCAGCCGACAGAAAGCUUCGCUACAUGAAGCCCCUGCAGAUGCCGACUUGCUGACUCCCCUCCCAGAUGACAGGAAGCGAAACAAACACCUCCAUUGCCCUGUGUCGUUCCAGCUGCUUUCCUCCCUUGCUCCCUUCUGACGGUGUGUGUGCCUGACUUAGAUAUCCUGUGGGGUGUAUUUUUCUACUACUGAAACUGGAUUUGCUCUCUGGAGCUAAGUUUUGUGCCUCACUGGGGACCUAGUGAGAACUGUACGCUUUGAAAGCUCAGUAAACAAUUA